AUGAAGCCAAACUUAUUUUUGAUUUUUAUUCUUGCGUUAUCAAGUUUUACGGAAAUUCAUGCUUACACUGAAAAUACCUACAAUAUAUCCGAAAAUGGUCUGCAUUUUUCUCGAGGUAGCAAAUUUGUGCUUCCGAAUGGAUCUUUUUUGUUUCGAUUUUAUCGUCCAAUUGAUAAAGAUUGUAAUGAACCCAAUUUGCAUCUAAGAAUUCUUUAUAAAAAUGGAACUUUAACAACAUUUGAAGUUGAAAAUUUUUCAAUUCCAAAAAAAAAUUUCUGUCGACAUAAUCCACAAGACCCUUCAAUAGAUUAUAUUGAAAUUUUUACUUUUCUUAAUAAACUUCAUUUAUCAUAUAAUAAUUUUUCUGAAAGUGAUAUUACCGCCCCAAUUGGAAGGAAACUUCUUACGAUAAGCUUAGAAGGAAAAAUAAUAAGGGAUAUUUGGAUAGGUCCCCAGGAUCAUCAAUUCUUGGGAUCUAUUUAUCAAAAUCUCCCUACACUUUAUUACUUUCUACCCGUCGAUCUUGAUACUAUUUUAUGGAAAAGAUAUGACCCAAUUUUAGAUGGUACUGGAUUCAUUGAAAUUGAUAAUGGAACCGUAUCUCUAAAAUAUUUAUCAUUGCAAGCUGAGAAUCAUCCGUUCAGAUUCCCUACAACUGAUAAAGGAUUUGGGUAUAUUUAUUCUAAAAAUUUUCCUUUACAAAAUAAUAUGACAACUGAUUCUUUACAACCAAGCAUAAUUAUUUUUGUUAGCUUUUUCAACCCUGAGAUCAAUAAUUUUACAAAACCAUUCAUUAUUUAUCAAACAGCAAUUUCAAAUAUAACAAUGAAAUGGUCAAAUUGCAAUUCAGACUAUACGAAAAUUCAAUACACAUGUGUUAUUCAUCUCUUAACUUCAUCUUCAACCACAAAAUUAUUGUUGAUUUCAUUCCUUUCAUCUGGAUCGAUUAAUGAUAUCAAAGAAUUAUAUAAUGAAGUUCUUCAUAACGAUUCAAAAGUUAGAAAAUCUAAUUUAUAUUAUAAAGGUUAUUUAAUGACCUAUUAUUAUGAUGAUCAAUUUGGAUGUAAAUUUAGUGGUGAUAUUUAUGAUAAUAAUGAUAAUUGGUAUUCAAAAUUAGAUCUUCCCGAAAAUAUUACAAAAUGUGUUGGCUUUAACAAUACGAAUGAAAACAGUGCUGAAAUGAUUUCUGAAAUUACGUCAAACAAUUUUACAUUAAUUACAAUACCUCUUCCAAAGUUUGUUGACGAUGGUCGUAAUUAUACAUUGGUGAUGGCAAAUAUUGAAUCACUUGAUCCAUCAGACGGCUCUAAAAUUUCAUUGGGAAGAGAUAAGCUCCAAAUAAAUUAUGUGAUUUCAAUUGCUCGAUCAAUAAGAAACAUUACAGUUCUUCAAAUUAAUAAUGAAAAGAUUGCGAUACGUCAAACAACAUCUGCUAAUAUUUCAGAAUUUUAUUCAGAACUUGAUCAUAAAACGGUUUCUAUAAAAUUAUUACGAAGCACAUUUAAUCAACCGAAUAAAAAGUACAUGAUAUAUAUUGAAUCUAAUUUUGUAAAACAAAGUGAUACUAAUGAACCUAUAAUUGGAAUUGAACCAUUUGUUUGGAAUCUUUAUACAGAAAAUGAAGAAAACCCAUAUGCAG